ACACCUGGAGUUCCACGCCGCUUGAACGCAAGCCGGCGAGGCGACCUGGGGGCGCCAGGACUCUCGCUGCGCCCUCCUCCCCUAGCUGUUGGUCUGCGUGACCUUUUCCUGUCAUUGGCGCCCAAGGGAGCCCGGUUCUGGGCGCGCAGCGAGGUCGGCUUGCUGCUUGAGCCCACUAGGAAUGGCAGCCCCAUCUAUGAAGGAAAGGCAGGCUUGCUGGGGAGCCCGGGAUGAGUACUGGAAGUGUUUAGAUGAGAACACAGAGGACGCUUCUAAAUGCAAAAAGUUACGAAGCUCAUUUGAAUCAAGUUGUCCCCAACAGUGGAUAAAAUAUUUUGAUAAAAGAAGAGACUACUUAAAAUUCAAAGAAAAAUUUGAAGCAGGAGAAUUCCAGCCUUCAAAAACAACUGCAGAGUCCUAAGGUGUUCCUGAACUUUUCAGAAAGGUUGAAACUGUUCUUUCUGGACAUUCAAAAAUGCUCCAUUGACUAUGGAACAAUAGUAGUUUGAAUCAUAGUAAACAUCAAUACUUAUUCCAUAUAUACAACUCUCAAUAAUUAAAAUGAUCAAGUAACAGAAGAUUCCAUCAAACUAUGAAGAAUUGAAAUAAAAUGGUAUGAAAUAUGCUUAGUUUUAAUUUCAUAAGAAUUCUAUAUUUUAAGAAAAUAAUUAAAGCCUAUUAUAAAAACAUAUGUACUUUUUUUUUU